AUGGAAGAGAGUUACUAUAUAUAUAAUGCUGUGUAUGCUGUGGCUCAGGCCCUUCAUGAGAUGCUUAUUGGUCAAGCAGAAGCACAGCCAGUGGGAAAUGGAAGAAAACUUCAGUUUUCCCCUUUCCCGCUCCAUCCCUUUCUGAAGAACAUCCAUUUCAACAAUCCUGCUGGUGACCAAGUGAUUUUGGAUGAGACAAAGAAAUUGGUGGCAGAGUAUGACAUUUUGAACCUUUGCAAUUUUCCAGAAGGUCUUGGGCAAGUGGUGAAAGUGGGAAACUUUUCUCCAUAUGCACCACAUGGUCAUCAAUUAUCUCUAUCCAAAGAUAUGAUAGAAUGGCCCAUGGCAUUUACAGAGACUCCAAAGUCUGUCUGCAGUGAGAACUGUGGUCCUUGAUUCAGAAAAUCCCCUCAGGAGGGAAAGUUAGCCUGUUGCUUUGAUUGUAUCCCUUGCCCUGAGAAUGAGAUUUCUAACAGGACAGACAUGGAGCAGUGUGUGAGAUUCCCAGAUCAUUAGUAUGCCAACACAGAGAAAAACCUCUGCCUGCUGAAAUCUGAGAGCUUCCUGGACUCUAGGGACCCUCUGGGGAUGACUCUAGUCUGCUUAGCUCUCUGCCUCUCUGCACUAACCACUGCUGUUAUUGGGAUUUUUACAAAGCACAACAACACUCCCAUUGUCAAGGCCAACAACAGGGCUCUCAGCUACAUCUUGCUCAUCUCCCUCAACUGCUGCUUUCUUUGCUCCUUGCUCUUCAUUGGACAUCCCAACACAGCCACGUGUGUCCUCCAGCAGACCACAUUUGGAGUUGUGUUCACUGUGGCUGUUUCCACUGUCUUGGCCAAAACUGUUCCUGUGGUUCUAGCCUUCUCUGUCACUUCUUCAGGGAGAAGGAUGCGGUGGUUGCUGGUGUCAGGAAUGCCUAACUUCAUCAUUCCCAUCUGCACGCUGAUCCAGCUCAUUCUGUCUGGAAUCUGGUUGGGCACUUCUCCUCCAUUUGUUGACACCGAUGCACACUCAGAACAUGGCCACAUUAUCAUCCUGUGCAACAAAGGCUCAGCCACUGCCUUCUAUUGUGUCCUGGGAUACCUGGGCUCCCUGGCCCUGGCAAGCUUCACUGUGGCUAUCUUGGCCAGGAAACUGCCUGACACCUUCAAUGAGGCCAAGUUCCUGACCUUCAGUAUGUUGGUGUUCUGUAGUGUGUGUGUCACCUUCCUGCCUGUCUACCACAGUACCAAGGGGAAAACCAUGGUGGCCGUGGAGGUCUUCUCUAUCUUGCCUUCCAGUGCCCAGUGCUAG